UCUUAUAGUCAGUCUACUUACGUCAAAAGUUGUAAGCAUCUCUUUCUUCAGUCGCUCUUAAAACCCAGGAGCCUCAUCAGAAACAUAAAGAUAAACUAGAAGAAAGCAAAUGGCUGAUAGUCAACAGUUAGGAGUGCUAAAGGCACUCGAUGUAGCUAAAACACAGCUGUACCAUUUCACGGCGAUUGUUAUCGCCGGAAUGGGUUUCUUCACCGAUGCCUACGAUCUUUUCUGUAUCUCAUUGGUCACGAAGCUGUUAGGCCGCAUCUACUACCACAAGGACGGAGCAGCUAAGCCGGGAACACUCCCACCAGAAGUGGCGGCCGCGGUCAAUGGUGUGGCUCUAUGUGGGACACUUAUGGGUCAACUUUUUUUUGGGUGGCUUGGAGACAAACUAGGCCGGAAAAAAGUUUAUGGAAUCACUUUGAUUAUGAUGGUCGUUUGCUCUGUCGCAUCCGGUCUUUCCUUUGGAAAUAGUCCCAAAAGUGUCAUGACCACUCUUUGCUUUUUCAGGUUUUGGCUUGGAGUUGGUAUUGGAGGUGACUAUCCACUCUCAGCAACGAUCAUGUCAGAGUAUGCAAACAAGAAGACUCGUGGUGCGUUCAUCGCGGCCGUGUUUGCUAUGCAAGGAUUUGGGAUCUUGGCUGGAGGCAUUGUUGCGCUAAUACUCUCGAGCAUUUUUGAUCAUCAAUUCCCAUCACCUAUCUACAGUGUAGACCCUGUUGGCUCGACCGUACCUCAAGCUGAUUACUUAUGGCGUCUCAUCCUUAUGGUGGGUGCUCUCCCCGCGGCUAUGACCUACUACUGGCGAAUGAAGAUGCCCGAAACUGCUCGUUACACUGCUUUGGUUGCCAAAAACAUCAAACAAGCCACACAAGACAUGUCUAAAGUCUUGCAGGUGGAGCUGGAAGCUGAUGAAGAAAUUGCUGAAAAGGUUGUUCAAGAUCCAAAGCUUAACUAUGGCUUGUUCUCCAAGGCUUUCCUUAAACGCCAUGGACUUCCUCUCCUUGGAACUACUUCGACUUGGUUUUUGCUUGACAUUGCAUUCUACAGUCAAAACUUAUUUCAAAAAGAUAUAUUUUCUGCCAUUGGAUGGAUCCCUGGUGCGGCUACAAUGAAUGCCAUCCACGAGGUUUACAAGAUUGGUAGGGCGCAGACUCUCAUCGCACUAUGCAGUACCGUCCCUGGAUACUGGUUCACAGUCGCGUUUAUUGACAUCAUGGGAAGAUUCGCAAUCCAAAUAAUGGGAUUCUUCUUCAUGACCGUGUUCAUGUUUGCUAUAGCUUUUCCUUACGACCAUUGGAUCAAACCGGACAACCGUAUCGGAUUUGUCAUUAUUUACUCCCUGACUUUCUUCUUUGCAAAUUUCGGUCCAAAUGCAACUACAUUUGUUGUUCCCGCUGAGAUCUUCCCAGCUAGAUUGAGAUCUACUUGUCACGGGAUAUCAGCCGCAGCAGGAAAGGCGGGAGCCAUCGUGGGGGCGUUUGGAUUCUUAUACGCAGCUCAGUCAAAGGAUAAGACCAAGACAGACGCAGGAUAUCCACCGGGUAUUGGUGUCAAGAACUCAUUGAUCAUGCUUGGUGUAAUCAACUUUGUUGGUAUGCUCAUGACGUUUUUAGUACCUGAAUCCAAAGGAAAGUCUCUUGAGGAGCUUUCAGGUGAAAAUGACAAUGAUGAGACUGCCUAGUCUGUGGUUGAUAUAUACCUCCGGAAGAAACUAAAGUCUCUUUAAAUAUGAACCAAAUGCUAUAGUUAUUUCGUCCAUUUGAUUUCCUGUAAAAUUUGUUGUUUAUCUUUUUGUGUGAAGAAAUCAUAAUCUAAUAAAGAUUGUUGAAUCUGAAUUCUGCCUAUCUAAAUAUA